AUGUACAUAUGGCUCAUGAAAAGAUUAGAUAUCAAAGUAACUAUUAUUCUUUCUUCAUUCAAAGAUGACCACUACGAUUACGAUAGCUUAGCAAGUUCAAAUUCGGAGGAAAAUGUGGGAUUUCCAGAGGCUAUCCCACAUCCCGCAGAGUCCGGCAGACAUUACCAUCAAAAAUUACCUCAAUUUGCUGACAUACCUCGAAAAGUUGCUGAAGACGAGUAUGGAUAUUAUAAUCCAUCAUUGCAUAUGGCUACUGCGAAGUAUGCAUUGAUUCUGUGCAAUCAAAAUUACUUGUAUAAUCCGCAAAAAUUAAAUCACUGCCUUCAUGAUGCUCUUGUAAUGAGCAAACAACUGACUGAGUUGGAUUUUAAAGUGAUGACAUUGGUUGACGUUACUCUGGAAGAAGCAGAAGCAGCUUUAGCUAUGAUGAAUAGAUUAAUAAGGAAAGACUCUUAUGUUUUUGUCUACCUGGUUGGACAUGGAUUGAACAUUAAUGAGAAGCGAUAUUUUACGCCAAUUGAUGCCAAGCCAGAAAUACUAGAUUCUCGCCAACACCUAGCUAUUCCAGAUAUAAUUCAUCUGAUUGCCAAAAAUGAUCCUAAAUGGAUUGUGUUUCUUUGCGAUACUUGUGGUUCCAGUAGAGUUCGGGAUCACGAGUCAGAUGUCGGUCACUAUGAAGAAAGAUUACCGGAUAUUGGACAAAAUAUUUUCUUAGCCUACUCCUCAGGUUUUAAGGCUUAUGAAAGGGGAUUUGAUACCAACGGACUCUACGUUAAGCACUUAAAGAAUUACUUAACGCAAAUGGACAUGACUAUCGAUGAGAUUUUUGAGAAAACAAAGGAAGACGUAAUAAAUGACUAUGAAUCUCAAGAGCCUUAUCAUGUCUCUAAUAUGACAGACAUUGAAUUGAGCUUGUGUGAUGAUGUUGUACAAACGGCAGAAAAAACUCCUUCUGAUAUAUUCUGGGACCAGUUACAUGGAUAUCAAAUCGAACCAAGGAUUUCAAUCAGAGAUCCAAAGUUGGAAAUUGAAGCUGCCCUCGCAUAUGAUGAAUUUUAUGACGCGUUGUUGACACUUAGGGUAAAAUAUCUCGAAAACGUCGAUUACUGUGAUGUACACGUAGUUGGAUUUCAUACCAACAUCGAGAGUGAUGAAACUAUCGUAAAACUAGAGAGAGUUAAGUCCUGCAUAAUUGAUAAACAACAGGGAUUUGUACCUAAUCUAGUUAUUAACGCGACCGGAUUUCUAAAUUUAAGAAAGAUUCGAGGUACUGGUGGUUUUAUAGAAGUAGUGAUAUACACCGGUAAAUGUGGAGGGCGACGUAUUCGACAAUUUCUCAAAAUGAGUAUUCCCCCUAUUUGUACGAUACGAAAUUGGACUAAUUUUGUAGAAUUUCAAGAAGUCAAAGAAACUAUUUGGAAUGCAUUUGGUUGA